UCUUUCCUGCCUUCCCGAGCCGAGAAGGCGACGGCGGCUGCGCGGAGACCUCGAGCGCCAGAAGUGGAGCUGCGGGAAGAAAUGACGGCGUGGCGGCCGGAGACGCUGGACGAGUGUUUGGCGCUGAGGUGUCUCGCGAGUUUUGCCUGAAAGUCCCCGGAUUCCCCGAGCCUCAAAUCCUAGAGCGGGAGGGAAUUCCCAAGGAGGCAGUGCGCGUGCGCCUCUCUGACUGCGCGUGUGUGCUACGCCUGCGCGGCGCUCCUGAGGCAGACAGGCAUUAGAGGCGGAGAGCGGGUCUGCUCGUAUCUGGGAAAGUUUUGUACAGAAUGGAAAUCAAGGACGACGAAGACGCCCUGUGGAACUGAGCGAAGAUGGUGUCGAAGUCAGUUUUCUGGGUAUUGCUGCUUGUCAAUGAAGCUUUUCGAGGUUUCUCCGAGCUACGAGAGCCCACGAAUGUCACCAUUACGUCUGUGAAUUUGAAAAGCGUGCUGCACUGGGAUGCGUCACCUGACCUGCAGGGCCCUGUCAAUUAUCACGUAGAGUAUAAGAUUAACAACACAGACGCGAAGUGGACACCCGUUGAGAACUGUGUCCUCACGACCAGGACCGAGUGUGACUUCAGUGUGACCAUCCAGCCUUACUACAAGAAUGUGGUCCUGCAAGUGAGAGCUGAGAACGGCAACGACACCUCGGCGUGGGUGCAGUCCAAGGCCUUUAAUGCCCUAUUUGACACUGAAAUCGGCCCACCGACUGUAAGUCUCGAUUCCCAGGCUGGCGAGAUCUACGUCCGAUUCUUGAUCCCCGGAGAUGCCAUGAAGCAUUACUUCACACAGUGGAUUCACUACGUCACGUACUGGAAGGAGGGUGACAAUGUCAAGUUUGUGGAAACAACAGAGAACUUUGUGCAACUGAAAGGGGUUGAAUCGGGGGUCCGGUACUGUGUGCGGGUGAAGAGCCAAGAGUACCGAUACAACCCAUACAGAGAGGGCAUCUCAUCACCAGAGCAGUGCAUCGAGAACACAAGAGACGAGGCGUCGCAGGUCACGUCUCUUGUGCUCAUCCUGACUGCGACUUUAACCUUCGCCUGUCUGCUGACUGCUGCCUGCUUCUUUGUGGUCCGGCGCACCUACGGCUGUGCCAAGGACCUGCUGAACCCCGUGUGGAGCGUCCCUGAGGACAUCGCAGAGUUCCUCACUCGCCGAUCGCCGGGCGACUCCUUCACUCCCCCCGCUGGCACAGACGUCCCCGAAGAGGCCAUCGACAACGUGCUGGUGCUCAAUGAUGAUGAUGAUGAUGACGACGGCGGCGACGUCACCUGACUUAUAAAAGGCGCCUAUUGGGCAGGGCGAGUGACACACGUGGUGUGCCAGGCGGAUUAACAGGUUUUACUGUUUUUAUUUUUUUUUUUUUGCCCCCCUUUGUUUUUUGAGCCCCCUUCCUUGUCAAUCAUAAACUUGAACUGAACUUUUAAAGCUGCUAUCAGGAAGAUUUUUUCCUCGCGUGGGACAGCGGACUGCCCGUCUGCAGGUGGCAUCUUCAGCCCGUCUUGAACUUCUUAUCGUAUUGCAAAAUCGCGGAGGAGCUGAACGUGAGGGCCAUAAAUGAACUGGGAAGCCCGAGGGCUGAAAGGCACUAUAUAGAAUAAAGGUGAUGGCUGCUGCGUUUUUGGUAAA